AUGGGCGCAGAAACAAUUGACCUCAAGGAUAUUCAUGAUUUUCUGGUAGAACUAGCUUCCAAGGCUGGAGAAAUCAUUACCAAUGCCUUGCCAAACACGGGAAGUACAGGGUCAAAGAAGAACAGUGAGUGUGCAGUCUGUGCCCAGCUGGGCUUAAGAUUUCAUGGCGAGGAGACAUAUGACCCUGCAAAUCCAUUAACUGCUGCCCCCACCUUCGUCGUCGAUCCCAUCGACGGUACAGUCAAUUUUGUGCACGGAUUUCCAUAUGCAUGCAUCUCUCUCGGCUUUACGAUCGACAUGAAACCAGUCGUUGGUGUUGUUUACAAUCCGUUCAACAAUACCCUCUACUCUGCCAUUCGUGGAGAAGGGGCGUAUUUAAAUCGCAACACUAAACUUCCGCUCGACGCUAGGAGUCUUGAGCCAUUGAAUGGCUUAGAGAAUGCUCUCAUCGGCGUUGAGUGGGGUUCGGAGAGAGCAGGCAAGAAUUGGGCGACGAAGGUACGGACAUUUGAAAAGCUCGGUAAAACCAAGGACGAUGGUGGUGCAAUGGUACGCUCAAUGCGUAGCAUGGGCUCAGCUGCAUUAAAUCUUUGCGCCGUCGCAUGUGGGAAUCUCGAUUUGUAUUGGGAAGGCGGUUGCUGGGCCUGGGAUGUUUGCGCUGGCUGGGUCAUUCUGACAGAAGCUGGCGGUAUAAUUGUGGACGGGAACCCUGGCAACUGGGAAGCCAGCGUUGAUGGGCGAAAGUAUCUCGCAGUCCGAGGAUCGCCAAAUCAAGCAGGACAGAAGGAGCUCAUUGAGGAGUUUUGGGGACAUAUACAAGGCCAUCUCGAGUAUUGA